CCCCAUCAUCAAAAGUAGUGAAAGAAGGAAUAUCGUCGUCUAUGGAAUAAGUAAACAAGUUCACCAUUACGGAAUUUAUUCGACAAAUGUGCGUGCUUUAGCAGUUGAAACGAUAGUCACCCAAUACAAAUCGUUUAAUCCCCUUCAUUUCAGUUCGUUUAUUAUUAUUUUAUUGUUGAAAAAUAUUCAGUGAGUGAUUUGUGAAGUGAUCGACCCUUCGGAAAUUAAUUGAAUGAGAAAAAAGAAAAUAAGUUAAUCGUGGUUUCGAUAAGGAGAGAAAGAAAUAUUUAUUUUCGAGUGUUAUAUCAGAGUUGUGUGUCGUUGUACAGUGCCGCCCAAACGAUAACACAACAUCCGAUCCCAAAUGAAGAGUUCGGAGCAAAAUGGUUAGAGAGACACGUCACCUGUGGGUUGGAAAUCUGCCGGAAAACAUCCGAGAGGAUCGCAUAAGAGAGCAUUUCAAAAGGUAUGGACGCGUGCAAAGCGUCAAGUUGUUGCCACGGGGCGAGGAAUGCCCCGUGGACGGUGGUUCCGGUGGCACAAUCGGGGAGGGAAACGAGGGUGGCUCUGGAGGUGGCUCAGGUAGUACAGGUAGCAGUGGUACAGCGAGUACGGGUGCUUCCGCGACGGUUGCGUUCAUGGAUAUCAAAUCCGCAGCGAAGGCACACGCGACCGAGCACACACUGGACGAAAGAGCCCUCACAACCCAGUACUACGAACCACAGCAUCUUCAGCACAGAUUUCCCACACACGGAAGUUCUGAGGAUCAUGGAUCGAGCGUCGUUGGUAACGUCGGUAGCGGCGUUAACUCAGUCAGUGGAGUUACGACAGAUCGUGUCAACGAGCGAGUUGUCGACAGAGGUAACGAGACUUUCGAGUCCCGUGUAUCCCACGGAGGUUUCUAUCCCAGUGAGAGAAGUAACAGGGUUGAACACACGGUCGAUUCGUCCGCGGUCGAGACGGGUGGUUACAUACCACGUGGUAGGCCAACAACGGGUGGUGGCUACCACGUGACGUCGACGAGGGCGAGGGAUCGGCUUUAUCCAAGAACCAGCUCUUAUCCAACGGGUCCACCCCCACCAUCCCAUAUAGAACGUCAUCGGAGCAGCAUACCAAUGGCAUCCUGGCUCGGUUACGAGACUGGAUCCUCUAGGUAUGCUUCUGGACCACCGCCACCCUCGCCCGCUCCUACUGACAGUUACCAGGAAGAAUCGGGUGGUGGUAACACCGGAAGUGGUAACACCGGCAGCAACAGCGGUACCUCAAGGCAACACAAAAAACAACGUAGAAAAUCGCGAAGUGGUAGCAGUUCACCAAGUGGCUCGAGUCGUUCGGGUAGCAGUAGUAGCAGUCGUAGUAACAGUUCAGGUGGUAGUACAUCUGGUGGUAGUAGUUCACCGGGUAGUUCACCCCACCGUACAAGUAAUGCAGCUGUUUCCGAUGACAGGCGGCCACUGGCAAUAUGUGUGAGAAAUUUGCCAGCAAGAAGUAGUGAUACGUCGUUGAAAGAUGGACUUUUUCAUGAAUACAAGAAGCAUGGAAAAGUCACGUGGGUCAAGGUUGUUGGAGCUGCUGGUGAUAGGUAUGCCCUCGUGUGCUUCAAAAAGCCGGAGGACGUGGAGAAGGCCCUCGAGGUGUCCCACGAUAAAUUAUUCUUCGGUUGUAAAAUCGAAGUUGCACCUUAUCAGGGAUAUGAUGUUGAGGACAAUGAGUUCAGGCCGUACGAGGCUGAACUCGAUGAGUACCAUCCCAAGGCCACGAGAACUCUCUUCAUUGGCAAUCUCGAGAAAGAUGUCACAGCGUCAGAGCUGAGAAAACACUUUGAACCGUUUGGCGAAAUUAUCGAGAUCGAUAUAAAAAAACAGGGAGCUGUAUCGAGUUAUGCUUUCUGCCAGUACUCGGACAUAACAAGUGUGGUGAAAGCCAUGCGUUCGAUGGAUGGUGAACAUCUCGGUGCUAAUCGGAUUAAACUUGGUUUUGGAAAAUCAAUGCCAACCCCUUGUGUGUGGGUCGAUGGUAUCGGUGAAUGUGUCUCUGAAAAGUACCUGAAUAUGCAGUUCCAUCAGUUUGGACCAAUAAAUCAAGUUGUUGUAGAUCGUGAGCGUGGACAUGCUCUCAUAUUCUUUGAGCAGAUAAGUUGCUCACAGACUGCUGUUAAAGAGAUGAGAGGGGCAUCGCUCAGGGGACGUAGACUGCAGGUGGAUUUUGCCUCGAGGGAGUGUCAAGAGACAUUCUACGAGCAUCUUGAGAGGCAGGGUGUUGCUGGGGAGAAGCCAUGGGACUCCAGGCCCUCACCUGCUGCGACUUUUGACGUUGCGAGAGAGCGCAGCUUUGAGUCAUCAGUGACAGUUCCAAACGCGGGUAGCAGGUUCACACGUUACGAGACCCCACCACGAGCAAGGACAGCCUCGUACUCUCGAACCCCAGGUGGUGGUAGCACCCCAGGUGCCAGUCCAGCCCAUCCAACAGCCAUGUCUCGAAGUAGUAGACGUUCGUAUCAGUCAGACCCCUACUACGACGGUGAUUACACGGAUCCACCACCCCGUAGAUUUCGCAGUUACGACGAAUUCAGUCAGGGUAGUGGUGCUAGUCACGACGAUUACGAGAGCAGUGUAAUUGGUGAUAGUAAAUUGAAUGACGACGAUUUACCACCACCUCCACGACGACACAUUGUUCAGAGUGUUGUAACGAGUGUUGAUCCUCCAGCUCCACCUCCAAUACUCCUGCCACCCCCCGAUAUUCGUCACCUCCAGAAGGAGCGCGUUCAUCUUCUCGAGCAACUUGAGGAGUGUCACAGCAGUGGUGACGAGGGUUUUGCACCAAAGAAACGUAAAUUGGAGGCAUCGAUUCUCGGUGAGGAGGAGGAGUCAGAGAUUGCCUCACUGCUGGUGACAUCCCAUUCGCGAAAGGGAAUGGAUGUCAGACGAGUGAGUGACAGCAAGAUCCUCCACCAUACAGCGAGAAGAGGUAGCUGCGAGGGGAGAGGACCAGGACCCUGCAAAAGAAGACGAGAUACCUCCAGCAGGCAUCAUGAGCAUCACGACGGCUCUCGACCUGGAACACCUCUGGUAGAUGAGAGACCUGAGAAUAUAAUGCCCAGUGAGCCCAGAAGGUUUCGUGAGAGAAGCCAAGAGGGACCUCUAUCCCUCCCCCUCCCCAGAUUUGCUGCUCAAAUGAUGAAUAAUAAUAACAACAGCUCUGGUGGAUGUCGAACGACGAGUGUUAAUGUACCAAAAGUAGCGAGUCCACCGGGCAAUACAGUCUUACCCUCACUACCAAGUCCUCGUGCUGCACCACAACCACCAGCCUCACCACCACCAAGACAUCCUAGCCCAAGCCCAACGAGCUCAGACAGUGAGACAGCACCACAAUCACCAAGUCUCGAGGAGAGAAUACGUUCAUUGGAUGAGAAAUACGAGAGAUGGUCUGGCUCACGUGCACUAAGUGCUGCUGGUGGUGAUGCACUUGCCAAGCUCGAUGCAUCAGCCUCAGAGAGAUUCAGGUUUCGUCAUAAAUUACUUGAUCUCAGUGAUCUCAGUGAGGUACAGCCAUCAGACAUAGUUAAAUCGGUUCUAGCCAAACGCAGUGUCUUCGACGAGGACUCGAAGAGACUCGAGAACUUCAACGAGAAGUACGAACCAAGGGAAUUCACUGGGAUAUCAUCGAUGGCCAGCUCAACGUUAUCGUCAGGUGGUACUUGUGGAAAAGUUUGCCUACAGUAUCCAUUCCCAAGUCAUCCACCAGCCAGCACUACCUCAUGUAUCACAUCAACAACACUCGUAUCACCAUCAUUAAAGACUGAUCCUCGUAUUGCUGUACAUAAUUGUAUUCAUCCACCCCCAGCAACACCGAUAACACCCGGCACAUCGAUUAAAACAGCUAGUCCAGAAUUGCCACCAGUCUCAUUGCCAAUUGGGCACGUCACAGGGACAAGCACGUUUGCUGCCAGUGGCUUGUCAAUGUCAAAUGUUAAUAUUGGCUCGGCGUCGAUGUCAUCGAUGGUUUUUAGUCCUGUGACGAUAUCAAGUCCAGCUGUGACGACGGUGAUGGCACUAGUUACCACCGCAACAACGACUAUUACGACGAUUACAACCUCGAGUCAGUCGACUGUGCACACUACAACGAGCACAACGAGCAUUUCUCAAGUGACAACAGCAGUGACAGGUGCAAGUGGACCAACAGGAAUAAUAACAGGCGAUUUAGGAAAGGUGAGAUCGCGGAAGGAGGCUGGGAGGGAGAGCAGGGAUAGCAGGGACAGUAGGGAUUCGAGGCAUGCUAAGAGCUGCAAGGAGAGCAGAAAAACCAGAAAGGAGGAAACUGAGGACAAAGACACAAGGUCUAGAAAAGAAUACGAUAAGGAGGAACGCGUGAGUGAGGGGAUUGACGAGGGGCACAAAGAAAAUCCCCCAGUGAAGGAGACCAAGGAGGCAAGGUACGAGAGGAAAGAUCGUGAGGAGAGGGAGAGACGGGAGAAGGAGGAGAGGGAAAAACUUGAGAGACAGGAGAGACAAGAGAGACGGGACAAGGAAGAGAGGGAGAGGGCCGAUAAGGAUAGGCUGGAGAAGGAGAAGGAGAAGGAAAGAAGGGAACGGGAUGAGAGAGAACGAGAGAGAAAGGAGAUAGAGGAGAAGGAGAGAAAGGAACGGGAGGAAAAAGAGAGGGAGCGCAGGGACAGAGAGGAGCGAGAGAGGAAGGAGAGGGAGAAGCAGGAGAAGGAGAGAGCGAGAAAGGAACGGGAGGAGGCGGACAAGAGAGAGAAGGAAGAGAGGGAGAGGCUCGAGAGGGAAAGAAGGAGAGAGGAGAAGGAGAAGGAGAGGAUCGAACGAGAGAGAAAGAGGGAAAGGGAGGAGCGUGAGAGGCUUGAGAGAGAAAGGCGGAAGGAGAAGGAAGAUCGGGAGAGGAUCGAAAAGGAGAAGCGGGAGAAGGAGGAGAAGGAGAAGCUUGAGAGAGAUAAGCAUGAAAAGGAGAAACGACGGGAGGAUCAAGAGAGGAGGGAAAAGGAAAAGGCAGAGAGGGAGAAAAGAAGGGAGAGAGAGGAGAAAGAAAAACGUGAGAGGGAGGAGGGGAAGAGGCCUGAAAAUCAUCUCCAUGGUAUUCAGGUUCAGGGGCAGGCAUCACCUGCGCCUGUCUCUGGCAAACGCAGGUGUUCCUCUCAAGAUGCUCUACCUGAGGAUGAAGCGAAGAGAAUGAAGAUAUCUGAGCACAGGAGGGAUAGUAAGGACAGGCCCAGGCAAAAUCGAAGAUCCGAAGAUCGUAAACACAGGAGUGAGGCUCACAGGACUAGUCGGGAGGGUAGGGAUAAUAGGGAGAGUAAGGAUUCUUCGACCUCUGUACAAAGCCAAGAUAGCAGGGAGAGCAGGGAUUCUCGAGAGAAUCGAGAGAAUCGAGAGAAUCGUGAGAAUCGUGAGAAUCGUGAGAAUCGAGAGAAUCGAGAGAAUCGGGAGAAUCGGGAAAAUAGAGAUAAUAGGGACAGUUCAAGUGUCAAGGAAAAACAGAGAAAAAGGAGUAGAAUGGAACGCUCUGACAAAGAACGAGAGCGCAGCCCUCGAGUGUCCCACGAUCUCGAUAAAGAAUUUCUCGUCCGAUUGGAAUUGGCAAAACGCUCUGAUUCAAGUCCACCCCAUAAUCAGGAGAUACCCUCGCGUCACAAAGAGUCACGUGAUCACCAUCAUCAUCAUCACCACCAUCACCACCACCAGGUCUCCAUGAAUCUGCACUCUGAUAAUGACGAUGGCCACUCGUCAGCACACGAAAUUCAAACGAGACAUCCUUCUCACACCACUGACACCGAUAGUGACGAGCCCAAGAAGCACUCGAUAUUCGAUAUAAUUGAUGACGAACCGGCGUACAUCAGUAUGUACGACAAAGUGAAAGCGAGAUCCACCAAGAAUAUGCAAAAGCUCGAGGAGGAGAAGCGUCAGGUCAGACUUAAGGAUAAAUUCUCACAGUUAAAACAGAGUAGAGCAAGACGAGAGGAGAAGAAGCAGAGUACAUCUUGGGAUGGGGAUUCGGUGAGCAGCAAAGCCCUCACUGAGGACGAGUCUACAGAAUCCGACUCAACUCGCACAAAAUCUCUAUCUAGGAAAGGCUCACGCUCGAGAAUCCACUCGGACACCAGUGAGGAGGAUGACUCUUUCAAUAAUAAAUUACAUAAGAUCAAAACUGAGAGAUUCGUGGAGAGUGACGUUGAUUUGGGUUUCGCUGAUACUGAGGAAAAACACACACCAACAGACUCCAGCAUGAUUCGAACGAUCAAGGAGGAACCACGAUCAUCAGACGAUGAGGAACGAAUGCCAACGGUGGAGUUUCCCUCGAAUCAUCCAGUUAACAAUCACCAGAGGGAGAGGAAAAAGUCCCACAAGAAGAAGCAGAAACGCCAGAAGUCAUCGAUAUCGAGUGAGGAGGGCAUCACAAUCAAGUCAGAACCCCCCUCUGACAGUCUCGAUCACAAGAGCAAGAAUAUCCUCCCUGAGCUUCGAACAAAUCACCUCAAUGACACGAGUCCAAUAAUCGCGGCAAUUACGACGACAAUGUCAGAGGGAACUGAAGAGCGAAUGAGAAAUGAUAAGAAGCAAAGAAAUAAGAAGGAUAAGAGACGAGAGAGAACUAGUGAGGACAAGGUAAAAGCAAGAAGAAAACGUCUGAGUCGUCAAGAGGCCAGGGACUCUCAGAGAAUGGAGGAUAUCUUUGGUCCUUUGUCUGAUGACGUCGACGAAGCGCCCUCCAGUGCUUUCUUCAAUCGUCUCAGCAGUCUACCCUCCGAGAACAACACCUACGCCACUGACAGCGAUGGCAUUCGCAGUCCAAUUAUCGAUGAGAGGAUUCGAAGGAAAACCGAAAAGAAACGUCGUCAUCAGGCUGACGAUGAAAAUAGCGUGGACCUUGCUGAGGCCGGUCGCGAGAUUGAGGCAAAACUCUUGGGUUUACCCUCAUCACCAAAACCAGCGGCUACCUGUACAGAGACGAAUGAUCACGAUGUCUUCAGGUUUACAGAUGAUAACGAUAGUCACGAGCCAUCAACACCCACCACAGCCCCUGAAAAGAUUAAGGAGAAGAAGAAAAAGAGGAAGAAGUCCAAAGAAGAGAGGAGUCGAAAGGACUAUCAUCACCAUCAUCACCACCAUCAUCACCAUCAUCACGAAAAAGCUGGUGCACUGCCUUAUCUGGGAGCUGAUCCAAGUCCCCCACGAGCCAGCAGUCCUCUUCCUCGUAAAACAAUGUCACCGACUCUUCCGAUAUCCAGGGAACUCAGCCCAAUUCCCAAGACUCCGAUAUCAUCAGCCCCAUUGACUCCACCAUCUACCACCACAAUCUCGGCAAAAUCGGACAAGAAAAAAGACAAGUUUAUUCCUGGGUUUGGUAUCGACAUUGAUGAGAAAAUUCACGAGAAUGCAAUCAAGAGUAUCUCAGAGCCUGAGGAGAGAGAGAGUGGUCGUAAAUCUGGAGCUGGCAGUCAUGAGCAUGAGUCACCAGCCCCAGCAACGCCUCCUCCCCCUCAGGUGGAGGAUAAACCUCGAGUGGUUAUAUCUCAGGAGGAGACUGAGGAUGCUGUUGCUGCACUUUUGGAAGAGACAUUCGGUGGUUCAACCGAGGACUUCUCGUACGAGGGUGAGGAGGGAGCUGAGGGUGACAGUGCAAGCAUUCCACCGUCAGAUGCCCCUCAGGAGGACGUCGAGGAGAUGCAGCAGGCUGUGGAGAGCCUCAAUGCCUCCACAGCUGAUACAGAUGCAGAUCUCAAACCUGACACGCCACAGAGUGAGCACGAUCUUCAGAUUGACACUGACACCGAGGAGGAUCCCAAUUACGAGUCCUUCGAUCUCACUCAACCACCGAAGACCCCAGACAUUCCAUCCUUCUACAAGUCAUCAGGAAACAAAAUUCCUGAUAAGGCAAAUUGUGCGAGACCCUCGACACCUCCAUCAGUCAUCUCUCACUCGUGGUCUGAGCACAAGGCAAGUAAAUCCCCUCGGGACAGCCAGGACGAUGUGCCAACAUCAUCGCCUCAGUACAAACAGCCUCUUCCCUCCUCGGUUCCAGUCAUUAGUGACUCUCCAAGGAUAUCAGCAGCUGUUAGUCCCAGACCACCGAUCUCAACAACUGCUGGACAGCCUCUUUACAAACGACUUCCAGUUUCCCUUCAAGCCCAGAGUGUACCAGCGCUGCGACAGGCGACUCCCAAAAUACCAGUGGUUACAACGGGCCAACUAAUUCCAGCUGUUUCAUCGGUUCCAGCUAUUCCAACUGUUCCGACAAUCCCCACUGUCCCAGCAAUUCCAACAGCUUCAACAGUCUCAUCAGUCUCAUCAAUCUCAUCGGCCUCACCAGCGACAACAAUUUCCACAAUAUCAUCAGUAUCGACAACCUCAACAAUCUCAACAAUCUCACCAAUCUCAACAAUCUCACCAAUCUCAACAAUCUCAACAAUCUCAACCAUCUCAACAAUCUCACCAAUCUCAUCGAGUUCACUUCCUCCUCUCGUUCAGUCAAGAAUUUCCACAUUGGUACCCUCUCAACUUACCUCAAGAGUAUCCCAAUCGCUGUCCCCCAAUGGCCAGUGGUCAAGAACUUCAAUAACUCCACACUCGUCCCACGGAGGAGCUCAAGUGAAAUCGACGACACCGCCGGCAAGAAUACCAGUGAGUGUCCCACUGUCAGCUCACAGACCAGAGGUCUCAUCCCAGCACAUUUAUUCGACUGCUGCCAGCCAACAACCUGUUAUCCAGCAUGCACCUGGCAUGAGGGCUCUGGUCCCCAGCUAUCCCCAUGGAGGACUUCCCCCGCUAUCUCUCAACAUUCCACCGAGACCAUAUAUGCCUGUUCCACCCCUGGCUUCUGGAAUUCAGCCGAAAUCACGUGAUAGCUCGUCACUGGGCAAAUCAGUUAUCGAAACGAUGAUUGCUGCUCAUCCCAACGAGCCUCAGAGGCUCGACGAGCCCAAAUUGUCACCAGCUGUUAUCCCAGAGACACCUAACAAGGCGUCAACGUCACCAAAGGUCCCGUCACCAAAUCAACCACCGACGUUCAUCCCAGAGACAGCAAAAAUCGAGAUCAAUGCCAGCACUUCAGCUCCAAUCGUAAGUAAAUCCACGAGUGUUGAGAGUGCUGCUUUGUCACCGAGAUCACAGAAACACCCAGUUAUUGAUAAUGAUUUACUGUCUCCAAAGCAGAAACAGGAUGUUAAUAUGCACUUGUUAACGACACAUACACCGAGAGCCUCUACACCGAGUCCGGUUAUUGUUGCUCAUGGCCAACAUUUUGGUCACAAGUCAGUGGUGCAUUCGUUUAUACCGAGUGUCUCCAGUCAGCCAUUGAUCAAGACUGUUGUGCCUGUUGUCUCUCAAUUCCAGGUGCCUGAUAAGACACCUGUGUCGCAGGGCCAAUUGUCAAGGCCUUCGAUAACACAAGGAGUUUUGUUGGUGAAACCGCAUGUACCCAUGGUUUCGACUGCUGGUCAAAUCACAAGGGUUUCAGUGUCAAAUGUAACACCUGUGUGUACGACAAUGAGUUCAGCGCCCACGACAGGACCGGAACAUCCCGGCGAAGGGGAGAGAAGUGAUACUUCUAAGAAGAUCAAAGUUGAGCCUGUUCUAACGAAGGUUCAGUCCCCAUUGGCACCGGUUCACUCUCCUGUCGAGGCUAAACCUCUGGAGUGUCCAGCACCUCCAGAGCCUCCAAAAGUUCAGGACAUUGUAGUGAAGGUAGAGGUUACUGAGAGUGCCUCACCAAACGACCAGCCUCCAGUGGAGUUCAAAUCUGAGCAGACUGAGGCGCCACCGAAACCUGUGGAUCUAUCAGAAGGAACUCCUCUUGUGAAAUCUGAGGGUGAAAUCAAGAAAGAAGAGGAGGUGAAGCAGGAGCCAGAGAGCGACAAACCGAGUGAGGGAUCACCUGGGGAGGCCAAGGAACCAGAUCCACUGGCUCUGGAUAUCGUCAAAGAGGAUCACAUAGACAGUAAGGAGGACAGUGACUACUGGUCAGCCAAGGAAGUCAAUAUUGAGAGUGUCAUUAAGACAGUAGAUGCCCUCUGCGACAACGAGUCAAAUGAGACUGGUCACGAGGACGACGACAGUCACGACAGGGAGCACAAUGGUGAGUCUCACGACACGAGCAAAAGUGAGGACUGGUUGGAUACUGAAUCGACCGAGGGCGACAGUAAGAAAGACUUCUCCACGAAUGAGGAGCAGGACGAGGGUGUUGAGACAUGUGAGAUCGAGGCGACGAGAACGAGGAGAGGAAGAGGGAAGAAAGGCCGAGGGGCUGGACGUGGGGGAGUUACCACUAGACGUGGCCGAGGGGGCAUUUCCUCACGUAGAGGUGGUAGAAUGCCUAGGGGAGGUAAACAAGAGAGGAAUAAAUUGCCAGCUGAUGUCUACGAGUUUCAUGACGACAGCGAAGAGGACAAUGCUGGUCGUCCCAGGUUAAUUCUUACCAUAAAAUCACCUGGCCCCAAUGUCGCUGGAAAUACACAGCCUCCUCAACCAGUGGCUGCUGUCAAGGAAGUACCUGCUGAGGAGUUCGUCUCUCCAGCCAUCAACACCAGAAAAUCUAAGAGAUUAGCUGAGAAAGAUGGCAGCAGGACAACAGUCGACGACAUAAUCGAAGAUGUUGUUCGUGGCUCAGCUAGUAAAGGAGUGUUACCACCAGGUGUUCAAGCCACCAGAAGGAGCACGAGGCACAAUAACGCCCCAAAACCUGUUCAGCUGCCUCCAGAACCUCGAAAAUCGCCACGUGGGGGAAGGCGAGCAAAUCGCAGAACCUCUGAGAACAAUGAGGACAGCAGCGAGGAGAAGAGCAAGGAGGUGGCCAGAGAGGCGAGUUUCGAAGAAGCAGAGAACCCGGAAGAGAAAGUCGAGGAAGUGAAACCACCAGUUGUCCAACAGCACCAGAAUCCCAAGUCCCUGGAGCCCAUGACACUCAUUGAUCCUGUCACAGGAAUGUUGAUACCCAUGAGGGAGUCUGAAGAGGGCCAGUACAUCCCAGUGUCCACAGCCUCUGGAGUAGCGAGGAGUGAGGCUAGAGUGGCAGAAGCGCAUCAGCAUCAUCAACUUCAGCAUCCUCAUGCCAGGGAGAAUUCUGUGAAGACAGAGGCCGAUCAGGAACUCGAUUUGAGUCAAACACCCAAGAGCCAAGCCAGUGUCAUUACAAAACCGUCUCCUCCGAAUCAACAGGUGACAUCCUCCAUUGUCAUUCAGUCCACCAUCACUACGACCACUUCUACCCUGAUGACUACAGCUCCUAAUCUCGUUGUCACACAGACGAGCCCGAUAACGACUGCUCAGACUAAACCGACGAGUCUCAAAGCCCAUGUUCUCAAUGCCAGUAAAUUGAGCAAUCCCAUUCCUCAGACUAUCGUUACAAAACCAGUCAUUCCGAGUUUACAGAGUCAACCGCAGAUCCAGAAUGUCAUUAAGCCGACUCAAGGGGUACAGGGGCUCAGGCUACCAGUGCCAAGUCGUGUGGUGUCACCCAGUCUCAGUCCACGUCCGAAGAUUACAGCACCAGCUAACGGGAAACAGGGACAACCCAUGUCACCUGUUCUCAAUAGCUCCAACAUUCCACCAAAUCCCAAACAGCAUCUCCUUCAAGCUGCCAAACAGCUGCAGCCACAGCCUGUUGUCAACAUGUCAAAGCAUCCAACUAAUAUUCAUCCGGCGGUAGUUACACCACCAGUAAAGAGGGUUCACAAUCCUGUGAGUCAAGCAACUGCGUUAAAGGGGAUCAAUGGACAGCCACAUCUGCCCAGUCCCAAAUCUCAUCUACACCAGGCUGUUGUACCCACUAUCAUCCCCGGAGGUGUCGCCAGCCCACCCAUUCAACCACAUAUCCCACUGGGGAAUCCCACUGUGGUCACUGGAGCCAGACCUGGAGUUCCCAAAACUGGCGUACCUGGAACUAUGGAACCUCCGAAGGUUGAUGUAUCGCUUUCUGGGUGUAUCAUGGUACCCACUGCCAGUCCUCAGGGCCAUGUCAAUGUUCCUUCGUAUGAGCCAUCAUUGCAUGGUGCUGUGGGCGCAGCUCCAUCAACACGGGGUCAAUAUGGUCUUGUGCCCCCGCAUCGAACCCAGAGUCCUCCACUGCCCCCACCUGCCCACCAUCAUGCUAAUGCUUCUCAGGGUGAUGUGGUGAAUCACUAUGGAGGGCUUACGAGGGGUCCAGAAUUGCCAGCACAUUACAUGCACCCACUACAGUAUCAGUACCUUCGAGCCCAACAGGAGGUGCUCACUCCGAGAAUACCCUACCACGUACCUGGAGCUCGCUCGCCCCAUCUCCCCCUGGAUCCCCAGAUGGAGGCAACGGGUGAGGAGAGUCACAGUCCACCGUUGGAGCUUCGCAGAGGCACUAGAACACCCCAGGAGCGUACAACCGACAGUCCCCAAGUCGCCCAAGUCUACAUGCUCCAUCCCGGUCAAAGAUUGCCACCACCACCACCUCAGUACAACGCAGGAACAAAUCCAGGACCUCGUCCUGGCUAUUACGAUCCACCACCUGCGCACAUUCGUUCGCAAUUUCCGAUGGCCAGUGAUUCACCAGAUCGUGCACUCACACCAGAUCGUCACAGAAAACUUCAAGUUGCAACUCCACCUCACGUUGCACCUAUUCAGCCGCAACCACAGCAACAGCCACAGCCCCAGCCACAGCCUGAUUCAUUGUUGAGAUUGCUCCAGAGGUAUCCUGUCAUGUGGCAGGGAUUCCUUGCCUUGAAGAACGAUCAAGCUGUGGUGCAGAUGCACUUUGUCUUUGGCAAUCCCAAUGUCGCCAGAGAGAGUCUUCCAUGCAACAGUGAUGGCUCCACAUUACCGUUGAGAAUUGCUCAGAGGAUGAGGCUGGAGCAGACACAGGUGGAGGGAGUCGCCAGAAAGAUGCAGACGGACAAUGAACACUGUAUGCUGCUGGCAUUGCCUUGUGGUCACGACCACGAUGAUGUCCUUCAACAGAGUCAGAACUUACAAACUGGAUUUAUUACUUAUUUACAACAAAAAACAGCUGCUGGAAUUGUAAACAUCCACGAUCCAGUAUCGCAACAGCCUGCAUACGUAGUUCACAUAUUUCCAUCGUGUGAAUUUGCCAACGACAGCCUAGCCCGAAUAGCCCCAGACCUGCUGCGUCGUGUAGCCGACAUCGCCCACUUGGUAAUCGUCAUCGCCACCGUUUGAGACCAGACCAGAUGAUAUUUGAUCACCCUGAAAUCCAAAAUCAAACCACAUCGAACCAAUGGUGAACGGCAUGAAGCCCAACACUUCCACAAACCGAUAAAUCGUAACUGACAAUCAAAUGAAGAAUCCAUCUCUACUGGACCUGAUUGUGGAUGAACAGAUUGGGGUGGGGUUGUGUGACAAAGCGGGGGAGGUUAGCACGGUUUUUAGAUAAAUUGGUUUUUCAAAAUUCCAUAACAAACCCUUGCGUUCCUCUCCACCUUCAUUAGCAUCGGCUCAUUUUCACAGCCUAAUUCGAAUAACUGAUCGUGUUUGUGGGAAUGACCGACAUCACUCUUGGUCUAUCCGACAAGCAGAUUGGGCACAUCCCCUCCCACUCCAUAUACAUGAAAAUAAAUUAUUAAAAAACAAAACAAGACAAGAAAAGCACCAGCAACUGACGAGAAAUAGAGAAGAGAAAAAUAAAGAAUAGAGACGUCCGUACUUGCGCCAUUAAACGAUCGAAACUUUCCCAACUCCACCAGAAAUUAAAGCACCCAGCUGUAUAAAUCAAUAAAAGAAAAAAAAACUGGAAAUAAGAGGAAAAAAAUAAUUCUAGAAUAAACACAUAUAAACACGAGUUUAUAAUUAAGGCUUAGAAUUAAUGUUGUAUAAAUAUAAGCGAGCCAGCGAGGGCAUAACUACUGUGAUUUUAAUUAUUUAACGAUAUCUGCAUAUAUAAUGGUAAAAUACAUUGAGAUGGUAAAUCAUAAUAAUGAUAAAGAAAGGAAGAAAAAAAAAUGGCAAAAAAUGGUAAAAAAAAUAUUAAAACUACAUAAAAGCAAGCCGUUCCAGGUGCGCGCGAUAUGUGAUGUGUUUUUGUAUAAAUAAUUACUCUAUAUAAAUACCUAUGUAUUAUAUUACUGUAUACAUUAGUUCUUUGCUGCUGCUGCAGUUGAAGCCGCCGCUGCUCCUGUCGAAACUAGAAAGUAAAUGGACAAAACAAGAUGUUACAAGACAAGUGAAUUGUAGACAUUAACGAGAAAAAAAAAUAUUAAGUGAAACAAAAAAAAAAGUAAUGAAUUUCAAGGACUAUGUAGGUGUUUAUCCCUAGUGUACCAUAAAACAAAUUCCUAGCAGGAUGUAACAUAUUAUCAUCAUGAUUAAUUAUUAAUUAAUUAUAGAAAUGCAAAUUAGUGAUUAAUGAAAUAUGUACAUUAUAAAGAACUUAUAAUAUUAAUUAUUAUUAUCAUUCUUAUUCUUUAUUACUCAUGGAGUCUUUUAUUCAUUGAAUUCAAUUCGAUAUGCUGUUACUGCAGAAAUUAUUUCGACGAUGAAACGACAAAAUCUUGAAAUCUUAUUAAUCUCCUAUUUCAACUACUAUAACUACAAAAGAAAACUAUCUUCUAUUACCACUACUAUUCUAUAUCUACUCUAUACCGCUGGAAAACGAUUUAAUCGUAGUGUUUUGAGGGGAUACAGCGUCGAUUGCCCUAGAGGCAUCUUUUCGAUGAUGACCACAGUGGGCUGAAAUGAUUGUUUAAGUCAUGCUCGUUUUUAUGUGUGACAGAUCUCAGUGACCAUUGAAGCCUCGACUGCAUUCACUUCCAUUCACUUCAGACAUUUUUUCACCUCACAUAAUCAGACGUGACAAUGGGGGAUUUGCUGAUUACUUUUUCCUUCAUGUCACAACGUGAUAAAUCAUUAAAUGCUUUCUCUUUAUUCCAUGGUUCACAAUAAUUUUAUUAUUUUUAUUGUCCUCUAGGGCUACUUCUGUAAAUUUCCAUCGAUUUAUCACUGCGAAUUGCAUGGACUUUGUUAUAACUGUUUGCUUUAUUUUUAUUAUUUUUUAUUAGGUUUAUUAGGAAUUAUUUAGGAGUCAUGCAAACCCCCAUUGGUACUAAAUGCCCAAGUUUAUCAAUGACUCAAGUAAAAAUCCUCUGGAUCUCUGGUCAAUGUUGAUGCAUUGAAUGAACGAACAUAUUAAUUACCCACGCCCACAGAAGUAACGCCUGGGGAUAAUGAAAUCCUGCUGGAGUUAUCACGCCAAAGUUAUAUGACACGCUGAUUUUUUUUUAUUAAAACAUCUGUCAACGAUAAUUAAACUUGGCGUUCAUUAAGACUUGUCCUGUAGAAGCCACCCUUUUAAAAAAACAUGGAAUGUACAAAGCCUCAAAUGGAUCAACCAAGCACGAAUAAAUUUUCAUAGAAAAACUCAGCCCAUUUGUUAAACAAUUCUAUUAAUAAUUAUGUGGAAACGUCCUGAAAAAGAAUUCUGAAAAAUUUCAAUAUCAAAUAUUCUUCAUCGAGAUAUUUUUCGCAGAAAUUCCUGGUUUAAAAUUUUUUAUUUCACUGCAUUUCUCUCCAUUAAUCACACAACUCCUGAAAGAACUUGAACAAAUUGAGGCGAGGAAUUUUCACAGAAAUCAUCUCGAUAGAAUAAAUAAUACAGAAAUUUUGACGAACAUGCAGAAGAACAAGGGAACUGUUGUCGCAAUUGUCGUAAAAAAUUGGGAAAUUAAUGGGAAUUGUUCUGCAAUUAAAUGAAAUGCGAUGAGUUUUUCUACAGAUAUGUUCUCACAUGGGUAAUUAAACAAUUUUAAUUUUCUCACCCCACGUCACAAUUCAGACGAAGCAUUUAUGUAAAAAAUGAUUAUAUACCAGAUAAUAAUAUCUGAAAGCGUUUUGAUGAAAAUUUUGAGAAUAGAAUUAGAAUUUCCACGUUUCAGAGCGAAUAUACGUCGGGAGUCCCAGUUGGACAAUAUUAAAAUACUUUCAUAACGUGAAGAAAAAUAACAUAUAAAGAUAACUGAAGGCUCACGUUUCCGCAUUAUAGGGAUAAGUUGUUAAUGGAGAGAAAUUCCUAUCGAAAGAGAACAAUUAUAAUGAGCAAAAGAAUAAUGAAAAUGGUAAGUGUAUUGACAGUGGCGAAUGGUCAUGAAUAUCCUGCCCAUCCCUAUCCCUAGAGUUUCAUGAGAAUAAAAAAAUAAAUAAAAAUAAAAAUAAAUGCAGUGCAGAUACUCGUGAGCGUGUGUAUGUACAGUGUAAAGGAUGCGUUGUUCAUAUGUACAGUCUAUUAGAAGUAAUAAGGAAAAUGAAUGAUCGAGAGAAGUAAAUGAAAACUAAAUCACGUAUAUUGCGGUUACGACUAAGUAUAUAUUUGGGGUAACAGAAGGCACACACUGCUGAAUUAUCAAUAAUUUCUACAAUUGAAUUGACGCUCAUUUUGACAGAGUAGGAUUGCUUUUCGUUGCGUCAAGCGUCUCAUUUUUUUAUAACAAUUUCAAUAUAAAUAAUAAGAAGAGGAGAUAAAGUAGCAGCAGUGGGUGCUCUGUCUGUCUUGUAAAAUAUCUGUGAAUACUACGAUUUAGUUUCGUCCUAUCGUAGACUAAUGAUAUAAAUGAUAACAAAAAGUUUAUGUUUGUUCGCAUUAAGAGAAGAUAAAGUGUACAGAUAUCACA